AUGCAGCAAGCCGAACGUGAAGAACGCUAUUAUUCUUGGGAGGCGCUUGAACCAUUAAUCGAUCGAUGUCGCGAACGCUUUUCCUUCUGUUUAUCUCAGGAAAAUCCAAGACAGGAUAGAAUGAUUUUUGAUAUAUGUGAUCAAUUCACUAACGCGCUUGGAUCUCUUAGCCCUAACAAUCCGGAAAACAUUCGUGAAUGCGCUGAUGAGCUGAUCCGUAUUAUUGACGAAAUCCAAAAUUUGAUUGACGAAAACGAAUUGUUGGACCAUUAG